AUGAAAAGAGCCCAGUCCCAUAAACAUGGAAAUAAACAAAAGGAUCAACAGAAUCUUGGAUAUAAUAAAGUGAGAAAGAGAAAAGUAGUACCCUUAUGCAUAAACUGCGUUCCGUAUGAGAAGUUAGAGAAUUCUGAAAAGAAGUGUGUAGAUUUGAAGAGAAAGCUAGCGGUGGUAGAGAGACAAAAUCGCCGCUUCAGUGGUGAGAUUGGUCAACUUGUUCUCUGGAGAAAGAUCUUCUGUGGCUUUAGUGUGAUAGAGCUUUGUAAGAAACAAUUCAGAUCGAUGGCAGCAUUUAACAUCCAGGAAGCACUUGCCUGGAAGGAAAAAAUUGAGUUUGUAAUUGAUCAGGAACCAUCAAUUCUUGAUCAAACCCAUUUUAAUCUAGAUAGAGGGGGCCUAAGUGCAUGCAGGAAGCAGAACAAGGCCGAAACUAUAGCCCAGCCCAAUUUCCAAAUGCCGCCAGCAUACCAUAGGCAGCAUAUAUAUUCUCCUUAA